UGGCAUAAAUUGAGGUAGUCUUCAACAUCAUAGAGCUCCUAAAGCAUAUACCUCACAUAAAUCUAUAUCAAAUACCAAAAUAAAAUAAAAUGGGAGACCAACCACAAGAGUUUCAGCAACCACAAGUGUAUCCAUCUACUUCUUCUUCUACUUCAUCUUCUUUCUCGCCUUCAUCCUCCGGUUCAAGUGGCUCGUUUGGUACAGCAUUCAUAGUUCUAGCCGCAAUUCUUGUUCUGGCAGCACUGGCUUGUGUGUUUGGAAGACUAUGCAACCGCGGUGGAAAGCAACACAAAGACAAAAACAACAACAAAGCUUCGAAGCAUGAGAAACCAUCGUCAAAGAAGAGCCGUGAGAUUAGACCUGUGGAGCGUGAACCAAGAGAAAGAGGUGAUGUGGAGUUUGGUUUCGAUAUGAAGCGGCCUGGUCCUAUGAGCAAACCCACUGGUCGAAACGGAGGGGACAUAGAAUUUGGGUUUGAUAACAAGAGAGGAGGAGGUGGUGGUGGAGGAGGUGGAGGAAAAGGAGGGAAAAGACCACCUCCGGUUAUAUAUUAACCAUGUGUAAGGUGACCUCAGACACGGAGGUUUCCGACUUCAAGCUCCGGUCAGAACAUUGUCUUAAUAAGACAAGAGAAUUCAUCAAUGCUUGUUCACUUUAUCUUAUUCUUGCUUGUUUGUUUUUGGUCUUGUUUUGGGUCGUUUGGUUUUGUUUCAUAUGGGUAUGAAACUUAGGUAUCAAAUAUAUAUGAAAGCAAGAAAAAAAAUA